AUGGCUUGUGAAUGUAAAUGGCCUCCUUCUAGACUACGGUACAGUGUUUCCCAGCGACGGUGCCCAAGCACGCUGGCUUUAUAAACAGACCACUGGAGACGCCCAAAGUCGGCUCACCCCCUAAUUCCUCCCAUCAUCGAUUGUGAAACUUGACACAGCCCAGGCGGUAUUCGAUCACUUUGAGCUAGCAUAUGGCGACCCCGAAAAGCAAGCAAAAGCAUAUGCCCUCUAUGUUGACGAAAGCCACGAUGCCGGACAAAGCUUCAACGACUUCUUUACUAAAUUCCAGCUGAAUGCGGGAAUUGCCCAAAUCAGUCCAGACGUCUUGUUCAGAGACCUCAAGCACAAACUGAACCCUCGGUUCUUGAAUGCCCUUGCUACUAGUUGGCACCGCAUCAAUACCUUCGCCCAGUUGCACCAGGAGUGCUCUCAACUCCAGCACACGUUUGAAGUCUUGGAUGAAAGACGAGCCAAGGAAACGGUGAAAAGACUCGCGAAAGAGAAGCCAGCACCCUCAGCUCAGCCUUCAACAACAAGGUCAAAUACCCGACGCUUUAUCAAGAUUUUACCUGCUUCNGAAACGGUGAAAAGACUCGCGAAAGAGAAGCCAGCACCCUCAGCUCAGCCUUCAACAACAAGGUCAAAUACCCGACGCUUUAUCAAGAUUUUACCUGCUUCUACCUCCCAGUUUCAAGCAGCACCCCAGCGCCAGGAUAGCGAGCAAUCCACACCAAGGCAGCAAAGACCUUUUGAUCGGACAACUCCUGCUAGCAGGGCGGCAACUCCAGCAUCAACUCCGGCAGAGGUUACCUGCUUCAACUGUGGAAGACUAGGUCAUAUUUCUCCUACCUGUCCUGAGCCGAAAAAGCCAGCCGCGAUUCAUGAAAUCUUUGAGGUAGAGGAGGAGGAAUUGUCUGUGGAGGAGGACUCGGAAAACGAGGAGGUCUAG